AUGGUGAAUGGCUUGAUGUUGAUGGUGAAUGCAGGUACCGCAAUUGGCAUGUUCAGUGAUGCUGCAGAUUUGGGAACUCAGAGCGCCCCUCCCAUAAUGGAUAUUAGAAGAGGACAUAUCUCUGAAGCUGAAAGUGAGCCACUAAGAGCUGGCAGACCCUGCUGGGCGCAGGUUCCAGAUUCGAAAAGUCUGAGUCAUGGAUUCUUAUGGAGGUGA